ACUUGACCGGCCGGAAACAGGAACCCGAAAGAGAUGGAGAGAGACUCGGAAUCCCUCGGCCACGGGAGGCGGAACGCUUGUGUUGUGUCCUCGGAGCGACUAACAGGAAGCGGUGUGAGGGGGAAGGCGAGGUGCGUUGCGCUCAGGGAACCGUGCUGCGGCCGGCGAGGAGAGGAGCGUGUGUGACAAGUAUAACAGCUUCAGUUCCCAGCAUGGAGAAGAAGCAAGUCUCAAAACGCUUAUACGUUGGAGGGCUCAGCCAUACGGUUUCUGAGGCGGAGCUGCAAGAAAGAUUCGGCGAGUUUGGGCGUGUUUUGGAUACAGAGAUUAUUACCAGAAAAGACGACCAAGGGAACCCCACGAAAACUUUUGCUUACAUCAGUGUCAGCAUUUCUGAUGAAGGCCUUAGAAAGUGCAUAUCAAUUUUAAAUAAAACAAAGUGGAAAGGGGGAACACUGCAAAUCGAAUUGGCCAAAGAAAGCUUUUUGCACAGACUUGUCAUAGAGAGGGAAGAAGCCAAGCUUCAGAAAGAAAAGCCACAGAGAAACGACAAAAUGGGCCUUUUAGAAUCCCUGAAAAAGGCUGGAGUUGUGGGCUUUCACAUGAAAGCAGUACCAGGUACAGAGGUGCCAGACCAUAAGAAGUGGGUUGUUGGUAAAUUUGGCAGAGUCCUGCCUGUACUACACCUUAGGAGUCAACAAAAAAAUAAACUUGUGAAAUAUGACCCAUCAAAAUAUUGCCAUAACCUCAGAAAGCUGGAGCCAGACUUGCCACCUCUAGUUCCCGUAUCCAAGCUUACUUGGCACUUGGAAGGGAGAGAUGACAAGAAGCGGCAAGGAGAGUUCCCCGGAGCUAAGACACCACCGAAAAAGCUCAGGCAGCUGGGCAGUGAGGCUCUGGAUGGAGCAGCACUUCUCUCUUCUGGAUGCCAGUCACACUCAAAAAACACAAGCUCUUCAAAGCUACAGCAAAGAUCAAAAUCCAAACCCACUGAGCAGUCUAAAUUGCCUCCAUCGAGGAGCCUUAAUAGUAAAAGCUCUGGGAGAGGCUUAUUAUCAGAGAAUAACGAUGUUUCUGGAGUUACAGCUCAAAAUGCUGUUAGUAUUUCUGACAGUGACGUUGAUUCUGAAGAGGAAGUCCAAGCAAUGCUAAAGAAAGAGAGAGAAAUACAGAAAGCUGAAAAUGUGGAGACUGAAAGUGACCACGUGGAAAUUGUUGGGGGUCAUUUUGAAUUAAAGUACAGUGGUCACUGGUCCUUGGGCAAUCCAGAUGCCAUGAAGAAAGGCAUCAGAGGGAAAGAGUCUGUGGAAUGUGAUAAUGGAUAUGAUUCAGCAGAUACAGAUGAAAUUAUUGCUGAAAGUAAAACUCCCAAUCUAAGUAGCACGAGGACUUCGAUUGUAGAAGAUUCUAAACAGGUGAAGGUGAAAAAUAAAGCAAUAUUAACUAACAACAAAUGUGGUUUGGUAAGUGACUCCUCACUGAAAACUCGCAAUUCAAAGGAAGAACACAUUGAAAGAAGAGAGGAAAUGAACAAAUCCAAAGUUACUGCCUUACAGAGUACAGCAGUCACCAGUGCAAGAGAGACAAGUGAUAGUGAGACCUCGUAUUCAGAGGCUGAGAAAGAGGAGUCUGAAAUCAGUUCUGAUUAUGAAUCCAUGAUGCAAAACUGUUACCACUUAGACCUCACAUUAGAUGACUUAAAAGUAUUAGCUGCUGAAGACACGGAGGCACAGGUGGAAGAGUGGGGGAGUGUGGAAGAAAAUACAAAAGGUAACUUUGUAAAUAAAUCAAAACUGUCUAAAUCUCCCCCUGCAGUUAAGGAAUGUAUCUGUCCUGAAGAUGUGGUUGCUGCUAUUUUAUCAGGGGAGAACAUGGAUGAAGAAAGCUCCAAGGGACCAAGUAAUUCACAUUUGAAGUAUCAGCCCUUCAGAGGAAUGAGGUCCCUUAGUGAAAAAGAUGCAAAUGAUGAGAGCACUGGUUUAAAGAAGAGGUCUGUAGAAAGUUUAGGUCUUGAAGCUUCUAUUUCUUAUUGUGGGGAGGAGUCGUCUAAAAGACAGUCUAAGAACUGUCCUCUGUAUUCACUUGAAGUCAGCAGUAGAAAGAGACAAAAUAUCCCUUGUGAACAGCACGAGGAACUGUCAGAUGCUGCCUCCUUAGCAGCUGAGAGACAUCAGCCUGUUUCCAGGCCACGUUUAGAAGGAAAGAACAAAGAUGUAAGUUCUUCACAAGAUUACCGAAAUUCAAGGCGUGGAGGUGCUGCUCCUGGUCCUGAUCAGAGUGAAGAUGAGAGUGGUGACAGGGGCAGUAAUGGUGCAGCGUCACAGAAACAGGGUAAACGACAACUGAGAAGCCCCAAGCUGCUUUCAAAAAAAAUGAAGAGGGAUGUAAGCAGUAAAAAUCCAGAAUGUGAAGCUCUUACAUGUGAGAAUGGGAAGACAAACCUUCUUGAAAACAAGGAGCUUUGUCUUCGUGCUGCUGCUUCAGAGGCACCUGUUACAAAAGAGAAGCAGUUGCAGGAUAAUGAGAGGCGGCUGGCAGCUCUAGAAGAGAGACAAAAAGAGAGAGAAUUACAGAAGAAACUCAUUCAAGGAGCUCUUUCAAAUCUGGAUAGCCAGCCAGCAAGCAAGCAGAAACACAUCAUAUUCAAUUCAGAUGUGGAAAGUGAAGCUGAAGCAGAUGAGAUCAAGAAGGACGCGAGCCUGGGAAAUCUCUCCAGAGAAGAUGAAUCUGCUCCUAAAAGUUCAGGCAGACUGUUUGAAAGCAGCGAGGAUGAGCAAGAUGAUACAGAUGAUGAGAGAUUCAAAAUUAAGCCCCAGUUUGAAGGCAAAGCUGGUGAAAAACUCCUGCAAUUGCAAUCUCGAUUUGGCACGGAUGAAAGGUUCCGCAUGGAUGCUCGCUUCCUUGAAAGCGACAAUGAGGAAGAAGACACAGGCAUGUUGGAGGCAGAUGAGGAUGAAGAGCUUGCUGCAGAGAAAAAGAAAAAUCUGCAGAUCCUGGGAAGCCUCUUGAAUAUCAACCUGGAACACCCUAAGGCAACUAAAAUGGCCAGAAGUGCUAAGAAAUUCAAAGACAUGAAUGCCCUCCGCUACGAUCCCACGCGACAGGACCACGCGGUUUUUGAAAGGAAACCAAGUGCUACCGAAAACGAGAGUAAAGCUAAAAGGAAGAAGAAGAGGGAAGAGAGUGAGAAACUGCCUGAAGUGUCUAAAGAAACGUAUUACAAUAUUGCUGUUGAUUUAAAAGAGUUGUUUGGAUCUUCAAAGAAAAAAUCAGAAAUAAAUGAAGCAGCACCCUGGGACAAAGACAAUGCAGAGGACUCUACCCCAGCUGACCAUUUGGGACCUGAUGGUGGUGGAAACAGAGCUCAGGAGUUUGGUGCUUUCACGUUUUCUUUCUUCAGAGACACUGAGGAGUCGGGCACAAAAGAAGAGCCCUACGUGCUUGAAACCAUCAAACCCGUGAAAGUCAUGUGGCAAGAAGAUCCACGUUUCCAAGACAGCAGUUCUGAGGGUGAUGAUGAACCAGAGGCAUCAGAAAGUGAAAAGGACAAAGAAAAGUUUCUGUCUUUACCACAAACAGGAAGUGCCAGGUUUUUCUUCUUCUCCAAAGAUGAUGAACGACUGAGAGAGGGCCCUAAGUUAUUUUGUAGUUCAGUAGACCUCAGUGAAGACAAAGACUGUUGGGAAGACAGACGUCAGUUAUUGCUUGAGGAGUGCCGGAAGAAGCACAAGGAUGCACGAAGGAAAGUGAGAGCAAAACAAUAAAUCUUGAUCGUACUGGUCAGAAAUGUUUCAUGUUUCUGUGAAGAAGUUGUAGAAGAAUGUGACUCCCCAAAUUCUUGUCUUUCGAAGCUCUGGUGGGAAAUGAUACUCUGAAAGACUGUUGAAGGUGAAGGAUGAGCGUGUCCACUGUGUCACUGCAAUGUUUGUAACACGGUCUGGGGGGUUUUUGUCUGUAUGGUUUAGAUGUGACCGGCCGCUCUGCAAGAUUUUUGAGAACUUGGUCGUAUAACAAAGGCAACACUGAGUUCUUUCACCGUGUUCUCAGGUCCUGCUGCUGCACAGGGCUGAGGAAGAGCAGGUAGCUCUGUGUCUGUAAGACUGUACGGCCGGCAUUGUGCCAAACAUGACAGAGGUCCUGUUUGAGAUGGCUUUGCAGGUGUUUGGAAUGCAGUAUUUCUGGAGUAAAGGUCUUAUCAGAGGGUUCUGAACAUACAUCUAUAACAGGGAAGACUUGGGAAAAGGGUAUAUUUGUAUUUUUCCACAGAUUUUUCUACUUCUAAUAAAGAUAAAGGACAAAUGUU